CAUUCUUUCUCAUAUAUUUCUAAACACUUCAAAUUUGUAUCUAAGCGAUUCAUGACUUGGAAAAACAUCAAAUAUACUCCUAAUCUUUGAAUAAAGGGGGGGAGAGAGAGAAGAUUAGUUAUGAAAACUUUUCUAUAUAUACUCCACUUCCCUCUUCUUUUUUUCUUAACCCAUUUCUCUUCUGCAACUUUUCUUCUUCAUUUCUUCAAUCUGUUGGGCAGUAAAAUGUGUAGCGAAGGCAGUGAGCUCCACAUGUUCUUGUUCCCUCUCAUGGCUCGCGGCCACAUGAUUCCUAUCGUCGACAUGGCCAAAUUACUGUCUUCUCGCGGCAUCAAGAUCACCAUCGUCACAACCCCUCUCAAUUCCAUCUCCAUCUCUAAUUCAAUCCAUGCUUCCCAAUCCAUCUCUGCUUCAAAAAUUCAUCUUCUCAUCCUCAAAUUCCCUUCUGUUGAAGUUGGCCUCCCAGAUGGCUGUGAAACUAGCGACUCUAUUAUCACUUCUGCUCUAUUCCCCAAAUUUAUCUCUGCUUUGAAUUUGCUUCAAACCCCAUUUGAGGAGGCUGUUAUGAAAUACCGCCCCCAUUGCAUUGUAGCUGAUAUGUUCUUCCCUUGGGCCAGCGAUGUUGCUGCCAAACUUGGGAUCCCCAGGCUUAAUUUCCAUGGUACUGGCUUUUUCUCCUUCUGUGCUAUGGAGUUCAUGAAGAUUCACCAGCCUUACAACCAUGUUUCGUCGGAUACAGAGCCUUUUCUCAUUCCUUGUCUUCCCGGGGAGAUUACUUUCACGAAGAUGAAACUUCCUGAGUUCAUGCGGGAGAAUGUUAAAAACGAUUUAAGCGAAUUUGUGGACAAGGCGCUAGAGUCAGAGUUGAAGUCUUAUGGGGUUAUUAUCAACAGUUUCUACGAGCUGGAGGCAGAGUAUGCAGAUUGCUACAGAAAUGUCUUGGGAAGAAAGGCAUGGCAUAUUGGCCCACUUUCUUUAUGCAAUAAGGAAACUGAAGAAAAAGCUCAGAGAGGAAACGAAUCCACCAUUGACGAACACGAGUGCUUGAAAUGGCUUGACGCUAAAAAACCCAAUUCGGUUGUGUAUGUGUGUUUUGGAAGUAUGACAAAAUUCAACUCGGAUCAGUUAAAGGAGAUUGCAAGUGGGCUUGAAGCUUCUGAGAAGAAUUUCAUAUGGGUAGUGAGGAAAGUGAAAAGGGAAGAAGAAGAAGAAGAAGAAGAGGAUCAGGAUUGGUCAUUAGAAGAGUUCGAACAGAGGAUGGAAGGAAAAGGGAUGAUUAUAAGAGGAUGGGCGCCGCAGGUCUUGAUACUUGAUCAUCCAGCGGUGGGUGGGUUUAUAACACAUUGUGGGUGGAACUCGACGCUGGAAGGAGUGGCUGCCGGAGUUCCGAUGGUGACGUGGCCGGUAUCGGCGGAGCAAUUUUACAACGAGAAACUGGUGACAGAGGUGUUGAAAGUUGGAGUUGCAGUUGGGGUUGAGAAAUGGGUGAGAAUUGUGGGGGAUUUCAUUGGAAAGGGAGCUGUGGAGAAGGCAAUAAGGAGAGUUAUGGAGGGAGAAGAAGCAGAAGAAAUGAGAAACAGAGCUAAAGAAUUGGGAGAGAUGUCGAGAAAAGCUGUUGCAGAAAAUGGAUCAUCCUGCUCCGAUUUGGAUGCUUUGAUUAAGGAAUUGAAAUCGUUGGCGUUUUGAAAUUCAUUCAGUAUGCUGAUUGCUCACAGUGUUAGUUUGGAAUUUGAAAUUUUCAAUUAAGAAAAUGAUAAUAUAGUGAUAUGAAUUCGAGUAACAUCUUAGGAUUGAGAUUAUACACUCUUGAGCUCAAUAAAGUCUCUUGUAUAAUAAUAAAAUCUAACACGUCUCAUUUAAUUUUAGAGAACAAGCAAAAAUUUAGCAAUCCUUUUAAACAACUUAUAGAGAAACUCUUCACUCUUGUGGAAGGUUUUACAA